CCCCCAGGGACCAAACAUCUGGUCCCAUUUGUACCCACCGCUGCCUCCAUCCAACCCUGCCCAGCACUACCCAUGUCCGGAUCUCCUUUAAAGGGUCCUGGGGGGGGGGGGAGGAGCACUGCCUCUCCCUCUUCACCCCUCCUCCCUGCUUGUCUGAGGUGUGCUCCCCAUCCUCACACCUGAAGCUGUCAGUUGGCAGCUGAUGAUUAUCUGGUUUGCACACAAUAGCCUCAGAGAAAUGGAGCCUGCAGAAUAGGGCUGGCCUGCUUCUCAGCACUCCUCCCAGGCCAGUCAGUCACCUUAAUGCUGGGCCAAUGAUUCAGGCAGAAAGAUGGGGUGAGGCAGCUGGAUGUUCUGUCCUGGCCCACACGCCUUACUCUGUUGACUGCUGUGGGGGAAACACCCGAAAGGUUCACUCUUGGGCGUACUGUGGGCAUGGCGGCACCUUCCUGCUGAACCAGAACAUGGGGAGUGGAGGCGAGAGGAAGAGGAAGAGUCUAGCCUCUGCUACAACACACAGCAAGUAUGAGACAAGCCUGGGUUAUACAAGGGAGGCCCUGUCUCAGAAAAGUUAAUGUAUGACAGACAAGUGGAAGCCAGGUGGUGGCCGCACAUGCCUUUAUGCCAGCUCUCGGAACAAAGAAGCAGGCAGAUCUGUCAGUUCCAGGCCAGCCUGGUCUAUAUAAAGAGUUCCAGGACAGCCAGAUCGACAUAUCGAGAUCCUGUCUCCAAAAAAGAAAACACAUUUUUUAAUCAAAUGUGGGAGAGGGUGUGGCAGGGCUCCUCUGAAGUCUGGGAAGAGAAGUGGGUGUCAUGUAUCUGGGCAACGGACAGAGCGAGCCAAAAACUUCUCCCCUCAUGCUCUGAAAAUUUCUGUUGGGAACGAACGCUCUCCCCCAUCUCAAGAUACAUGGGCCUUCCUCCUGGGGUCUUCAGAGUUGUCUGUCACCUGGUAACUAAAGAAUGUCACAGCUACCCCAGUGAAGCAUGGUAGGGCAGCGGAUUAUCUCUACGCUUGAGAGCUUGAACCAGGAGGAUUGCCAUGAGUUCAGGGCCAGUCUUGACUACAGAGCAUCUGAGCUAGUCUGAGCUGUCUCAAAAGAAUAAAACAGAACAAAGAAACUCUCCUUGGCAUAGCUGGGGACCUCUGAGGUCCAUUCUGAUCAGGCAACAUCUCUGAGUCACACGUAACAGAAUUGAACUAUUAGCUCUUGCCCUAACUGAACAGCCUUGAGUCUUGUGUUCCUCCAUGCCAGAGGCCAGAGCAUGGCUCACUGGUGCCUGGCAGCAUGAGGCUAGCCCAGCUGGGCAUGGUGUCUGCAGCCCCUACUGAAGUGAACAGGUAAGGCUGUGGAGUUAGCUCUGGAUCAAAAUCCCCCUACCCAAUUCCUUCUCCCCAGCUCCAUCUUUGACCUUGUGUUCCUGGGCUAUCCCUGCCCCUUGGACCGUGCCUCCCCCAGCCCCCACCUCAGCGGACAGCUUCCACUAUGACCCUUGACCUGGAACCAGUACAUCCCAGGCUGGUUUGGCCAGCAGACAGAGCAGACAAGCGCCCACUAGGGGUCCUAAGCACGACAGAACUGCUUCUCCGACUGCAGAGGACACAGAGAGUGUGGCAAGUCCCAGAGCUGGAUGCCCAGCACGCCAAGGCCUUUCUGGAGCUGUGGCCACUGGGGAGCUUCCUGGUCAUCGGCCAUGACCCUGGCCAGGUCCUGAUGCUGAAGACAGGACCUUCGUCAGGAGAUAUCAACUCCUAUCAGAUUCAGAAGUUUCCUGGAGGUGUGUCCCUGGAAUCUUCCAACCUCUGCAUGCCCGACUUUCCCCAUCUCCUGGCCUUUCUGUCAGCCAGCAGGGACAUUUUGCCUAGGACUCUGCUCUUGCCCAUGCCGACGGUGUGUCCUGGAGAUAAGACUUCAGAUCCUCAUCGGCUUGGCUGCAUCCGGGUGGACACCUCAGGGCGGGUGCUGUCUGUAGUGAACCAGCUUUACCUGGAGACGCACGGAGGCUGGGGAAUGGAGACUCCACAGCAAACAGAGGCACAGACUGGCCAGAAGCACAGUCUCGCCCCCAGGAAGCCCACCCCACACCGGGUCUCCUGGGUGGAAGACCCUCCGAGACCGGAAGUUCGCCAUACUGGACAGGAAGCGCAUCAUCCAGCAAGACAAGUACAUUACCCUGGACCAGAAGCUCGCUCACUUGGGCCGGAAGUGCACUUUCCUAGUCCUGCUCUAGAAGAGGAGGAGGAAGUGAACAAUGACGGCUACAAAGAUGAAGAGGAAGGCUGCGAGGCUAUGCUCACGGCCCACAUCCGUGCUUUGGCCAGGACCCGGAGCAGCUAUGUAGCCAGGCAGUGCCGAUGCCUGCGGGCACGCCUCAUCUCAGAUUCUGGGAAUCCCUGCAGCCCGGGGGACCCGGCUACAGAGCUGCUCCAGGAUGUGCGCCAGCUCCUCACCAACCUCCAGAAUUACCUAGCAAACGACCCCGAUGUUAGAGCUGUCUUUGGGAACAGGGGACCUAGCAUCCUGCGGGAAGAAGAUCUUGGCUCUGCUGUGGAGGUGGCCCUGUGUCGAGCGGUUCUAGAGCCCCUGAAGCCCGCCCUGUGGACCAAACUCCGAACUCUCAGAGCCCAGGAACUGCGACGACUGCGCCGGCGCCAAAUAGCCUUGAGGGUAGGAGCAGGGCCCGAGGGACAGAGCCCGGCUUUGCGGAACCGGAUCCACGCGCGCCUCGCUCACCUGCACGCGGCGUGCGCCCCGCGCCGCAAGGUGGCGCUGCUGCUGGCGGUGUGCAGCGACGUCUACGCGGGCCUGGCCGGCGGCGGCGACGACAAUAAAGAGCCCCUGGGAGCCGACGCCUUUUUACCUGCCCUGACCGAGGAACUCAUCUGGAGUCCGCAUAUUGGGGAAACACAACUGGAUGUGGAGUUUCUUAUGGAACUCUUGGAUCCAGGGGAGUUACAAGGAGAAGCUGGGUAUUAUCUUACCACGUGGUUUGGGGCUCUCUACCACAUUGCUAACUACCAGCCGGACACGGGCCGUGCACCCCAGGAACUCAGCUCCGAGGCCCGAGCCUCCCUGCGCCAGUGGCAUCGGAGGCGGACACUGCACCAGCCAGCCCAGCCCACAGCCCAGGCCAACCAGCCCUUUGAGGAGCCAUGGGCAACAGGGGACCCAUGAUGAUUGGAGGUCUCAAACCCUAGUCACUUCUGAACCUUUUGACCCACUUCUCUGCUAAGCAAGAUUCCAGAGGCAUCUGGGGCAGCACAGAGGGUGGGGCAGGAAAAGAAACCGUGCCUCUUGCACUGUUCCUACUUCCUCCCUUUCUUCCCCUCCUUCCGGUCUGUCCAGACGGUACCUCAAUGAGGCUCUCCCCAGCAAACAAAACCCACGCCCAAACAGUACUAUGACUACAGCCCUCUCACCCGAAUUGCUUUGGGGCAGGUAGAAUAAAGACACAGUCCCCAAAGGGUGUCUACGUCCUGAUCCUAUCUGUGACUGUGACAUUUAACUUGGUCAAGUGAUCUUGACGAAAAUGACAGCAUGUCUGGACCUGAGACGGGAGCUUAUUCUGGAUUCUUCUGCACCUUAUAAAGUUAAGAGGGCAGCAGAGGUAUGGGGAACAUCAUGAGCUGAUGCCCCCAGCUGGACAGCAGAAUGAAGUGGAAAAAUUACUUGAGGCCAGGACUGUGAAGACACAGUGGGACUGAAACAUAGUAGGUGUUUGGGACAGUGGCACUGAAACAUAGUAGGUGUUUAGGAACACCUAUCUGCUUUGAAAACAUGUCACUGCCCUAAUCUUUGGCAAAAUCUUUGGCAAUGGUGUUUGUGCAGCCAU